AACUGCCUUUUAUACGAAUUUAUUUUCAUGAAAUAAAAUUUGUUUCAAAUGGGGCCAACCGAAUAGCCACUUACAUGCUUUUUAGAUAUUCGAAUAAAUUUAUUGAUAUAAUAUAUAAACUAAUGCCAAUCACGUAUAGUCGUGGAAAUGUAAGAAAGAGUGCAUUUAGGUCUAGAGGGAAGUCUGCUCAUUCUUUUGAUGUAAGUGGCCCAAGAGCUGAGCAGUCUGGAGAUGGUGAGGGACGCGCAUUUUUACAAAUUAAACCUGCUAUAGCAGAUACUCGAGCAACGUUACAGAGGUCUAACACAACAUUUUCGGGUAACACUUAUUUAGGAAGGAAUGAAGGCAAAGAUGACGUUAUUAAUCUUCAAGCCGUUGGUGAAGGAAAGGUUCAGCUUUCUCGAACUCCACAGGAAAAAGAUCGUUUACCUGAUAGAAUAAGCCUUGAUAGAAGAGGCUUAUCGUCAAUACCGCAUAUAGUAGGGGAGCCUGGAUUAAGGUUAUUAUCAUUGCAACACAAUUUAAUCAAUAGUUUAUCGGGCCUGGUGCCACUCGAUCUGGGUAAACUUGUUUUUUUAGAUGUCUAUGACAAUCAAAUAGAUAAAAUUACCUCGUUAGAAAGGCUCUUUAGCCUUAGAGUACUGUUGCUGGGAAAAAAUAGAAUAAAGCGGAUAGAAGGUCUAACAAAUCUAUUAAAAUUAGAGGUUUUGGACUUGCAUGGAAAUAGAAUUACAAAAGUCAGUGGGCUAUCAAAUCUAACUGAACUAAAAGUUCUUAAUUUAGCUGGAAACCAAAUAAAAUUCAUAGGACAAAAUGAUUUUCAAGGAUUAUUGUCACUUAGGGAAUUAAAUCUUAAAAGAAACCGUAUAAGAAAAUUACUCGGGUUUCAAAACAUGCCAAAAUUACAAAAGUUAUAUUUGGGUAACAAUGACUUACAAAGCGUAGAAGAUGUUUCUUCGCUUGCUGAAGCUAUAACAUUAUUAGAAGUAUCUUUAGAUGGUAACCCCGUCGCAUUAGGAGGAGAUUGCACGCCUUUUUUAGUAUCCUACCUUCCAAAUCUAACAACAUUGACGAACAUGCACGUUACCGAACAAGUUCGUAAUGCUGCAAUGGCUUGGCGUAGUAAUAAAGAAGCUGCCCAUGCGGCAUACUGCGCAUUGAGUGGGUCAGCUCAACAAGCUGCUCGAAGAGAUCAAAUUAUCAACAACGCAAGGACGAACUGGGAACUAUUGAGAACCGAAAAUAAAUGUUUUCUUAGUCCAAGUUCUACAAAAAAUGUAGAUGCAGUCAAAGAUUUCGAAGAAGUGUCGGUAUCAGAUACUCAAAAGGGAGCUACACAAACUGUUGAAACAUCGGUUAUGCCCGACGUUAUUGCAUGUGCGCAGCCAACAGAAAUCGCUUUGACCAAAGAAUGUCCGGAUUAUGAUUCAAAAGUGAAAUCUCCCGCUGCGGGUACCAAAUUUCAAAGAAGCAAUACUGCUCGUAAACCUUGUGAACGGCGUGUAAAUUUUUCUGAUCGUAGCGCCUCUCAAGACACUGAUGCGUCCAAUAGCAGCGACUUGCGACUUCCACCAAUUUUGCUACCGAUAAUAUCAUCGUUAGAAAGCGUUAAGCUAGCAGAUAAUAGUGAACCUAUUCUAAAAAGAUGGGAAAGCAUUUCUAGCGUUGAACCUGUGAUUGAUUCAUCAUUCAGCUCACUACCAUCUUCAUCAAGCGAUAGUGAGGAAGAAACAAACAAAAGAAGAUUCCGUCGAACGCCAACAGUUCUGAAAAGACGAGAAAAUUUCACUUCUAUGCGUUCAAAGUCAGUGUGUGACCCAGAAAGUCGUAGAGUCAAAUCAAGUUAUAAAAAUGUAGACACUGAAAACGCAAGCAAUAUUUCAAGUAGCUCCCACGUAGGUUCAAUAGUAACUUCUUCCACUUCUGGAAGUGAACAAAAUAGUAAAGCACUUAAAAGGCAAGGAUCGCUUAAUACAAAAAUAAAUAACAGAAAUAUUAGAAGUGCAACUAUUUCUCGUCGAAAUGAAAGGGCUUCGUCAGCUCAGAGAGCUUCUACCGCUAGAGCUAAAACUGGUAAAAGUUUAGCAAGUCUCAAAUCUUCGGAGCCAGUUCCAAAACCCCUGCCUACAACAAAAGAUAGAGAGCAAGGAGUAGAUUAUUUAGUGGAAAUAAAUGAAGGGGUUGUCAGCGCAUGGGGUGCAGGCGCCGUACGUCGUCUUGCACGUGAAUGGGAUUGGGAAAAAGCACGCUCUGUCACAAAAGCUGCAUUUCACUACGUACACUUCAAUGCAGUCGCACAAUCCCUGCCAGAGUUAAAGGCUAAAUUUCCGAAUAUUUCCCACAUAUCCGUACGUGCCACUGGUCUUCAAUAUCUUGGCCAAUUACAUUCAUUAGCUGAAUUACGCGGAUUAUCUAAUUUAACGGUUCUACCAGAAGGAAAUCCUAUAUGUAUGAAAACAUGGCGUGAAUAUGCCAUCUACAGACUAGCUCAUUGGGGUCUCAAAGAAAUUAACGACGAAAUGAUCACCGAGGAAGAAAUUAAGUCGGCCAACGAAACUUAUAACGGUUUGAGUGACAUAGUGCUCCGAGCUUUACCUGAUGCGCCCCUGCAACCACUACUAUCACGACUUGGUAAGAGUGGAAACAGCUCUGUCAGUGCCAAAGCUUGGCUACGUGCUGCAGACCCAGCCUUACGCGAUGUGAUCGCGAAAGAAGCUCUUCAGUACAAGAAAGGGAGUGUAUCACAGGAGGACCUGAGUUGGCGUGUUCGUGGAUGUGGUCAAUUAUCUACCGCUAUAGGAUUAGCGUGUGGGGCGGCUCAACGAUUGCGACUGCUUGAGCUGCAGUGGCCAGUAAUAUUUGUUGACAUGAUAGAAGAUAUAUUGAAUGAUUUCGCUGAUAUGGACUCACACGUAAAAGAACAGAUGAAAGCACUAACAGAUUCUUUGCAAUAACAGAACAGUAUAAUGUAAGAUAGCAAAUAUUUAGCCAAAGGUAACAGUGCCAUUAAUGCCAGUAGAAUCCCGCUAACUGUUAUCCAGUACUGAUAAAACUUCUCACAUAGUUGCUCAAAAUAGCUAGAUAUACAUACAGAUUACAUAGGAAAUGAUGCCGUUUAUAAUUUUAUAGAAAAUUGUUUAAUAUUUUAAUAGAUUGUU